GAUGUGAACUACCAGUCUGGUAGCAGCCAGUCUGGUAGCAACCAGUCUGGUAGCAGCCAGUCUGGUAGCAGCCAGUCUGGUAGCAGCCAGUCUGGUAGCAGCCAGUCUGGUAGCAACCAGUCUGGUAGCAGCCAGUCUGGUAGCAACCAGUCUGGUAGCAGCCAGUCUGGUAGCAACCAGUCUGGCAGCAGCCAGUCUGGUAGCAACCAGUCUGGUAGCAGCCAGUCUGGUAGCAGCCAGUCUGGUAGCAGCCAGUCUGGUAGCAGCCAGUCUGGUAGCAGCCAGUCUGGUAGCAACCAGUCUGGUAGCAGCCAGUCUGGUAGCAACCAGUCUGGCAGCAGCCAGUCUGGUAGCAACCAGUCUGGUAGCAGCCAGUCUGGUAGCAGCCAGUCUGGUAGCAGCCAGUCUGGUAGCAGCCAGUCUGGUAGCAGCCAGUCUGGUAGCAGCCAGUCUGGCAGAAGCCAGUCUGGUAGCAGCCAGUCUGGCAGCAGCCAGUCUGGUAGCAGCCAGUCUGGUAGCAGCCAGUCUGGUAGCAACCAGUCUGGCAGCAGCCAGUCUGGUAGCAACCAGUCUGGUAGCAGCCAGUCUGGUAGCAGCCAGUCUGGUAGCAGCCAGUCUGGUAGCAACCAGUCUGGCAGCAGCCAGUCUGGUAGCAACCAGUCUGGCAGCAGCCAGUCUGGUAGCAACCGGCUGGAGCUCCAUCACAACAGGCUGACUGUUUAUGCAACAGGAGAAAGAAACGUCACCCAUAGCUCAGUGCUCCAAUCUUAG